AUCAUCGGGGCUAGCCAUAAAUUGUUAUUGCUUAUACAGUCAGUAAGUGCUCCUUCACCACGGCUCGGCACAAUUGCGUGCAGUUCCCGCUCGUCUGUACAGUUACUGUGUGCAAUUGCAGUACUGGGAGUUUUUUUUUCCUCCCAUUCUGUCUGAAACUUGUCCAAAUCAAUCAAACUUUGGUGAACUUGCCAUCCUUGGCAGACGAAAGGUUACCAACGGGCUACCCUACCAGCCAACUAGGACACGAAACGGAUACACACGGUGUGCGCUGCAUUACAUCACAGCACGGCAGUCGGUGCACGUCGGUGGGCAGAGAUGGAUUGGCCCAGCACGCGGGUGGCCCAGGGUGGCCUAUUUCAUACGCCCAAAGCACGCUACACGAAAGAAACUCAGGAUCUGAUUAAAGUUUUAAUGGAAGAAGCAAAAUUGACGAUCCUGCAGCGUAAUAAAAUCAACUAUCAUCUUCGUAAUGGGGAACCUUUACCGGUGCCAAAGGAGCCGAAAUUUGAGCAGGAGUACAGCAACUUCCUGCCGAUGGCUAUACCGAGGAAGAAUAUCAAAAAACGUUCGCUCAACACUAUUAUCGAGAGUGGCGCGUUCGAUGUGGAGAAAUAUGUACCGCACAAACCGAAGGAACCGAUCGAAAAGCUGAAACUGAAGCUGCAGGAACAGAUGAGCGGUAUUAAGAUGUUUCCGGACGAUGGCCGACGUCGGCGGGUGGUUCGGAGCAAGAGUGAGGGCUGCAUGGAGUUUGUUCCGCCGGAUCGGGCCAGUGAACUACUCGACGAAAUCAACGAACGUGUGCAGUGGUUGGAGGAGAUGGAGGCACUGGGCGAAGGGAAGAAGCAUCGGGCCACCAUUCAGCUGCAGAUAGCGGAAAAGCUGAACGAACUGAAGCGGCUCGAUCGGGCAAAAUCGCAGGAAAACGAAAUCUAACACACGCACCUUCGGCGGGUAUUUUUAAAUUCAUCUUCUUCUCCUUUUAUAUUAAAUUCAUUACACGCUUAAUUCUACAGCAAAAUUACAGUGUCGUGGCCACCUGUAUGUUCGACCGGCAGGCACUGCGCAAACACACGAUUCGGUGUUUUUCUCUCACACAUAUGUGACCCACACGCCACGCUCGAUGGAUAGAAGUAUGCUCAAUUAAACGAAAUAAAGAAAAUGCACUUAUGAUUCCUGCGUGCUGCAUAUCCCACAUUGCACCGUUCAUGGAUAAACUAGUGAACACCAUUAAAAAAAAAAACAAAA